AUGACCAAGCACGAUCGAUCCUACUCCAGCGCCGAGGUGUCCAGAGAGACCACCGAAAACCUCUACGAGCUGGGACUGCUCAAGCGUCCUCGAUCAAGGUCUCGCUCCAGCACAAACGAGUCCAAGACGGCGCACUACCAACAUCCGCGAGCACGUCACGACGGGUUCCCUCCUCGCGCCGGCUCGUCUUUGAGCGGUGCGGCCCAAAUUCCCUCCUUCAAGCAGUCCAGCAUCUCCUCCGGCACCUUGGGAAGGCCUCAUACCCCCAACGACAGUCGUCCCCGUACCAGAGACCAGCGCCCACCCCCUUCCCCGUCCGCCAGCGUCCCAGGAGCUGGGAAUCCUAUGGCAGGAAUGCUCGACUCGGACCGCGCGCGCUCACGACGAGAACGGACCUUUGUGGGUGGAGAAUGCGCUGCGUGCGAAGAGCCAUUGGAACACACCUUGAGAGGUGAACGGGUGCUGCAAUUCUCCUGCGGCCAUGUCGCUCAUGAAGCUUGCUUUUAUGAAUACAUUCGCGAUUCUGAUUCACAAUAUUGCCCAACAUGCGAUGCCCCUCUCGGUUUGGAUUCCUUCCGCGGGGGGAGCAUCCUAGACUUGGGCAAGUUGAGUAACAUGGUCCGAGCCGUUGCACAGAAGGACGUCACCUCGCCAAGAAGCUCACAAAACACCCCGAUGCCGUGGGAGAGACCGACGACACAAGAUGACGCCUACAGUGCUCGAGAAAUCGUCAAUAGACAUAGCCGUGAAAAUUCCAACCGGGACAGUCGAGAUAGUCAAAGAAUGCGCAUAGAACGCUUGGGUAUUGGACAGGGACACACACAUCCAACUCAGAACCACGCGCGCAAUGACAGCGGGGGCAACGCCUCGUCUGAUUAUACCCAAGAUCAUACAGGCCAUGGACGGAAGCAUGAUUACGACCUGCACGCUAUGGAAACAUCGGUUCCCGGCGGCCAGCUCAAAGACACUAAGCAUUCCAUCCCGGCGCCGAUUGUCACCGUCCGCAGCGAAUAUCCGACCCUGACUCGAUCUCGACAGCAACAGAGCUUGACAUGUCUCAUUACCAUUGAAGUUCCCGAAGGCAAAUGGCAGACCCAAAUCGAAGAUAUACAGAAUACGCCUCCAGUUCCCAGCGUUCCUAGUGUUCCGACCGACCCAGGUAUUGGUAUCCCGGCCAGGCAAAGAGAAGAAGGCCCUCAACCCCCUAUUGUUUAUGAAGCUUCGGAAAUACUUGAAGAGAUCACCGAAGAGCUUCGGAUGCGUGUAGACAAUUGGCAUGGGCUCGAAUUCCACAGAUUCGGUAAUCUACGUCUGCAUGGAGUGAUUCGUGUUGGCAAGGAUCGUCAUUCGUGGCAGGAGCUCGAGUGCUACUUGUUUGGGGAAAUGCUGAUAUGCGUCAAAGAAAAGAAGAACGCUCAGCCUCCCGUGAUGACGGACUCAGGCCGCAAAUUGACGAGAUGCACCUUGAAGGGCUCGAUUUUGAUUAGGAAACAUCUGAGGCAGGUGCACGCUUCUCUGGAUGAGAACAUCUUAACCUUGAAUUUGUCGGUGGCCGAGCUGCCAACCUUUCAUUUGCUAUUUCAGGAGAGAGAAAAACUCGAGUUAUGGCAAAGAGCGCUACGGGACCUUCACACCUCCGAACUUUCUCCUCGUUACCCCGAUUACGAACAAGAUACCUCGGGAACAGACGACGAGGAGUACACCCGACAGAACCGAGCUGUUCGACGGGUGCCGUCGGUGGCUUCGUCGUACGGUGGUCCUAAGUCCGCCACGACCGCCGCCACGGAGUACUCCAUGCCAAAGCCGAUUGUCGACAGAAGAAUUCCUCCUUCGCUGCACGUUCCCGUCGACGUGGUCGCGGUCAUCCCCGUCUCGUCGUCGAUGCAAGGGUUAAAGAUCACCCUUUUACGAGACACCUUGCGCUUCCUCGUCCAUAAUUUGGGCGACCGUGAUCGAAUGGGACUAGUCACCUUUGGCUCUAGUGGCGGAGGAGUGCCCGUCGUUGGAAUGACGACGAAGACCUGGCCUGGCUGGAACAAAGUCCUCAACUCGAUCAGACCAGUCGGACAAAAGAGUCUGCGUGCUGACGUUGUUGAUGGCGCCAACGUGGCAAUGGAUCUUUUGAUGCAGCGCAAGGCGGCGAAUCCCAUCUCGACGAUCCUCUUGAUUAGUGACUCGUCGACUUCCGAGAGUGAUAGUGUGGAUUUCGUCGUUCAAAGAGCUGAAGCUGCCAAGGUCGGCAUAUACUCCUUUGGACUCGGUCUCACCCAUAAGCCGGAGAGCAUGAUUGAAUUGUCAACCCGCACCAAAGCUUCUUACGUUUACGUCAAGGACUGGAUGAUGUUACGCGAAUGUGCUGCUGGCGUGCUCGGGGCCCUUCAAUCGACGUCGCAUCAAAAUGUCAAACUCAGGCUCAAAUUACCGGAGGGCUCUCCCGCCAAAUUUGUCAAAAUCAGUGGUGCUCUUCAGACGACAAAGAGGGCAACCGGACGAGAUGCCGAAGCCACUUUAGGAGAUCUGCGCUUUGGUGAUAAACGGGAUAUACUGGUGCAAUUAGCGAUUGACCCGGACACCACAACACAAGAGCCAGCCCCACAAGACCCAUGGGAAUCGAUCGUCUCCGGCCUUGAAGCACUGGGAGGCUCGCUUGAUACCGAUGAUCAACGGGUACAAAGUGUGGAGGAGUUGCCCCUUCUUCAGGCCGACCUGUCAUUUGGGGACCUUCUCCGAGAUGGCUCUAUGAUGCAGCUGCCCCGGCCAUCACUGUUGGCCAUCACAAUGUUGCCCGCAAGUCAACGUAGUCGACAAAAUGGCAGACCACCAACGCCUCCUAUUCCUCCGCACCCCAUGAUCGUCCAGCGGCGUAUGGAAUUAUUGACUUCGGAUAUGCUCAGUCGUGCCCUCACCCUCGUCGCUCGCGGUCAGCACGAACGGGCACAUCAUUUACUGAAUGAAACUAGAACAAUUUUGAAGGGUUUGGGCAAAGGCGGUCUCCCCCCUCUACCUCCUGGUGCUACUCAUUCCGGCAGCAAAAGACACAGCCCAUCGGUCAAGGCGGGAAGCCCGAGAGCCGGUACUCCAGAGCACACUCGAGAUCACAGCCCUCAUUCAGAUGCCAGCACACCUAUUCCUCGAACCACUGGUAUCGAUCACACGACCAUGAACGCCCUUGAUGCCGACAUCGAAGCUAGCUUGGAAUGGAUUAAUCAUCCAGCAGUGUUCUCGCGCGACUCUCGCAAAGCUGUCCUGCAGGCCAUUGGUGUCAUAUCUUCUCAACGAGCUUACACUUUCCGGACGGCGUCCGAGUCUAUCUGGGCCGACCGAGUGAGUGGAGUUAAGCGACUCACGGAGCAAUCAAGAGAAUGGAGGGAAGCGGGCGAUGAUGCGCUGACUGAAGAGUAA